AUGAUACCUGGGAUGGAGAAGAGUGGCUGUCGCGAGAAGCCAGCGCACGGCAUCGCACCUGUGGCCCGCUUCCCUCAGAGCCGUGGCGAUGGCUAUCAAAGUACUACCCAGCCAGGUACAGACCUGUCGGACUGGAAGUGCUUGGCGGACGUCACUAUGUGGAAGUGCACCUUACUAGAAUGUGUUGCCAGCAUGAUGUACACGUUCAUGUUGACAUGGGUGACGAUUGCACCAGCAUACAAAGAUCGAGACGAUACCGGUAAUCUUUCCUACUACACCAUGAACUACUACGACUGGGUCCGCUACUUACCUGCGAGUAUCGUCAAUGUGUGCCUCUUCCCUUUGAUCAUCUUCACUUUUGCGCGCUCGACUGGCGGCUAUAUCAAUCCGACUGUUACGUUGGCUGCGUACUUUCUUCGCCGAGUGUCCUUAUCGCGGGCCGCUAUGUACAUUGCUGGACAAGUUGUUGGAAGUGCCUUGGCAGUGUGGGCUGUGCAAGAAGCAUAUGGUAGCACAGAGUUUGAUAUGGGGUGUAUCAUCAGUCCUGGAGGGGUUUCGAUACGCGAUGCAUGUGUUGCUGAUAUGAUCGGCAGUUUUACUAUAGUAGUGGCAGUCAUGUACAUUGCUGCUGGUCGCAAAACCAGAGGGUUAUUUGGAGAUGCGAUGUCGCCUUGGAUGGUGGGCAUUGCCGUGGAGGCUGGGUUCUGGGUACCUAGACUCAUAUGGCAGGGAUAUCCCCGUGCAAGUAUACCAUUGUGGCCUACGUUGUGGGACGCUAUGAUCAAUGGCAGCUGUUAA